GGAACCCUUCUUCCAGCGCUCCACUUUGCCUGAGUCAACCAAAGUGUGCGGACGCUCCAAGAGUUUUUCCAGGCUCACGACCAUCACAUGAGCUCAGUCAUUUUGUCCCCACUAUCAGCAACAAUUAAAAUCAAAUUCCCGCAGACCAGGAGCAAUUGAGCGUGAAACAAGGGGACUCAAAGCAAUAAAAUGGCUCCGUCCUAUAGUAAAAAUAUUGUUACAAAUCCGACUAUUGUCCCAGAUCUUCAAGGAAAAUUUCCGUGUUUCUUUCCAAAGUGCCCAUGGACGUUUGAGAGCCAUAUUCGAGCUAUUACACAUGUGGCCCAAGCCCAUUUGAAGGAAAAAAUUGAUAAUGUGGGUGAAGGUGAAGUGGUGGAAUUAUCCGCGGAGAGUUCUACGAAGAGUUCGGAUAUAAGGCUAGAGGAGGAGGAGGAGCUUGAACUUCUUGCUGAAGUCAUGGACAACGCAUGGGCUGAUCUUAAAAAUCCACCCAAGAUCUCCAUAGUCAUUGUGCCUCCCAAAAGCACACCGAAGUACCAGCCACGCUUCGAGCCCACUCCACUCUGGAAAAUACCUCCACUGAUGAGGAGAUCUUACAAAAGAACAUUUAGGAAGGUGAUGAAAUAGUAGAAAUUGGAUGGAACUGAAGGAACUUUUUUACUAUAUUGAUUUAGAUAAUUUGAAAUGUUGACUUAUAUUAUAUCUGAUUAGAUUUAUUUUCUUUUUUUUAUUCCUU